CAAGCCAGGCCCUCCUUUCAACUCCUUUCGUUUUAAUCCACUGGUGCCUGCCUAGAUUGGGGUUCCUUCGCUUCAUUUGCGUCUUCUGGUACCCCAAAAAAUCUGGUACCCCAAAAAAUAGAAGGCAGACAUGAAGCUCUCGUUGCUGCCGCCUCUGAUGAUCCUUUGCUCAGAAUUCUUGCUCCAAAAUCCUCCUCUCACAACGGCUCUCCCCGUUGCGCCACCCACCACCCACUUGGAGCAAACAGGUUUGGUGACUCCAGUGAGGCGCCCCAACAAUAUAAUCUUCCACCCGUCAACUAAUUCCUGCGUCCUUCGUCAAUCUCUAAAUGAACCAUUGAAGCUUGGUCCUUGCAACCAAUCUGAUGGCUGGACCUACACACCACAAAAGCUUUUGAUGGUGAAGGGCACAUAUUUCUGUUUACAAGCCGUGGAUUCCGGGAAGCCUGCAAGGCUUGGAAUUGUCUGCUCUUCUGAUUCUGAAUGGGAGGUGACAUCGAGUGGAAAACCACAUCUUUCAACAAAGAAAGCAGAUGGAAGCUUUUUGUGCUUGGAUGUUGAUCCUGGGAACACUCUCAUCACCAAUCCAUGCCUGUGCUUGAGCAAUGAAAGGUGUGAGGCGGAUAACCAGUGGUUUGAGAUCAGCUCUCGAAACAAAGAUUAUAUUGCUGGGAUCACCUCUUCGUCUUCACGCACUGUUUCCAGUUUACCGUAAGAUCCUAAUAAUGAGGAUGACGGUUACCGUAAGAUCCUAAUAAUGAGGAUGACGGCAUACUUAUGGAUAUCAAGAUUAGACUAAUAAUUCCUACCAAGAGAGGAUACCAUCCAAACAAUCAUUUAGUGAUCACCUUAUGUAAUAGAGUCAUGAAUAAUGCGCUUAAAGUGUAUGUCUAUGGUGGAAGGCUUCAUUGUUCAUGCAUGAUAAAAACGAGGAGAUUAUGGAUGCAUGUCUACACUUUUUAUUUU